UGUACUGAGGUGGUAACUGGACGUAGAAGUAUUGAGGGGACUGGAGUAAACAGGAUGUACAGGGUCUAAAGAGACUUGAACUAGCUGGCAGCCACAAGUCAUCAUGGUUAUCCUGCUGGUCCUCACACUGAAGGUUGUCCUCCUCUUAGCUGCUGUGAGGAGUGUGUGUACAGCAGAGUUGAUCACAGUGGAAGGAUAUGAGAGGGGCAAGGCAGAGAUCAGAUGCCCCAAUAGAGAGGAGUGGAGGAGCCACCAGAAGUACCUCUGCAAAGGGGUUUGUACUAUUUUUAAUAAAGACAAAGUUAUUAAGACUGAGGUGGGGGAAAACAGUGCUUCAAAAGGGAGAUACUCGCUGAAGGACAACAGAGAGGAAAGCGUCUUCAUUGUGACCAUCACCAACCUGACGUUAAAUGAUGCUGGGAGAUACUGGUGUGGAGUGGACAAAUGGGGACAAGAUAACUACAUUCAAGUCAACCUUGAAGUCUCUGAAGCGACACCAACAAUAACCACCACCACAAGAAAACCUGCUAUAACAACAACAGCAUCAAACCCAGGUUCACCAACACUGUCAUCCUUAGCCACCUCAAAAUCAUCAUCCAUCUCACCAUCAUCAUCCAUCUCACCACCAUCAUCCAUCUCAUCAUCAUCAUCCAUCUCAAAAUCAUCAUCCAUCUCACCAUCAUCAUCCAUCUCACCACCAUCAUCCAUCUCAUCACCAACACAAAAUGGAUUUGAUACAUCAGUGGUCCUCAUAGUAUCUGUGACUCUGGUCAUGCUGCUAUUGGUGCUUGUGGUCAGCGUGCUCAUAGUCUAUAGAUGGAAAUUCAACAAGGAAACAGCUGACUCCACAGCACCCAGGGUCAACACAGACACUCAGAUCAACAUAGAGGGUUGUCAUGGGGAUGGUGACUAUGAGAAAAAAAAGGACCGCCCCCUACAGUCCAGUUCAGGUAGUGAGACCACCACCAUCUACUCCACCGCAAAAUUACCCACAAGCCCCUCUAACUCUCUCAACUACGCCAACGUCAACUUCCACAAGAACCCCAGCUGCCCCAAUGAAGCCACUGCCGCCAUCGAUAAAAAGGGCACUUUUUCUGGUGACUAUGCCACUGUCAACGUAAGUCAAAACCCUGCCUACUCUACUGUCAAUCAUCCACACAGCUCCUCUGAGGCUCCUCCCAUAUACUCCACAGUGAGCAAAUCCAGAGACACCUGAGUCACUGACAACCAAUCACAAGGGACAUACACUCACUGGCAAGCCUCUUGAACAUUGAGCUCUGUUUUUAGCAGACAGCUGCAUAAUGUGCUUCAUGUCCUCACAAUCAGAUGUGUUUCCCUGACUUCUCUCUUCAACCAGAUGUGUUUCCCUGACUUCUCUCUUCCAUCAGAUGUGUUACCCUGACUUCUCUCUUCCAUCAGAUGUGUUACCCUGACUUCUCUCUUCCAUCAGAUGUGUUUCCCUGACUUCUCUCUUCCAUCAGAUGUGUUUCCCUGACUUCUCUCUUCCAUCAGAUGUGUUUCCCUGACUUCUCUCUUCAAUCAGAUGUGUUUCCCUGACUUCUCUCUUCAAUCAGAUGUGUUUCCCUGACUUCUCUCUUCCAUCAGAUGUGUUUCCCUGACUUCUCUCUUCCAUCAGAUGUGUUACCCUGACUUCUCUCUUCAAUCAGAUGUGUUUCCCUGACUUCUCUCUUCAAUCAGAUGUGUUUCCCUGACUUCUCUCUUCAAUCAGAUGUGUUUCCCUGACUUCUCUCUUCAAUCAGAUGUGUUUCCCUGACUUCUCUCUUCCAUCAGAUGUGUUUCCCUGACUUCUCUCUUCCAUCAGAUGUGUUUCCCUGACUUCUCUCUUCCAUCAGAUGUGUUACUUUGACUUCUCUCUUCCAUCAGAUGUGUUACCCCGACUUCUCUCUUCAACUUGUCUUUAUGUCAUUUAAUUGCAUGUUCAUAUCUACAGAUAAAUAUUGUCUCACUAUUUGGCAAGCACUGAAAAAGGUACCACACCUUUUUGACCAAGGCAUUAUUAUAACUGUUAAAUAACCGUUUUUUUUACACAUUUAUAAAUGAUUAAAUAACCAUUAAUGAUGUCAUGAUAACUCCUUAUAAAGGGUGCAUUUAAAAACACACAUUUUUAGCUUGGCCUUUAACCAGUGAUUGUUUUAGACAUGCUCUGUGUUUUAUGUUCUUUAAUUCAUAAUUUUUACUGCUUCCUGUUUGCUUCUACUUUUUUAAUGUGAUUGUUUUAUUGUGAAUUGUGUUGCGAUUGUAAAUGCAAUUGAAAUUAAAGGUGAAGUGCAGUUAA